AUGGAUUAGGAGUAUAUAAAUACAUAUUUUGGAGAAUGGAAAGAUGAUUUAUUUAAUGGAAAUGGAACAUUAAUAUAUUAGAUAGGUGAUAGAUAUGAAGGUUAAUUUUUGAACUAAUGUAAACAUGGAUAAGGAAUAUAUUAUUAUAUAAAUUUAAAUUCAUAUAAAGGAGAAUGGAAAAAUGAUUAAAAAGAUGGAUAUGGAACAUAUAUUUAUAAUUAAAAAUCCGAAAAAUAUGAAGGAUAUUGGAAAAAUGGAGAAAGACAUGGUAUUGGAAUAUAUUUUUACAGUACAGGAGAAAAAUAUGAAGGCGAAUGGGAAAACGGAGUUAGAAGUGGAAGAGGAAAAUUUAAUUAUUUAGAUGCUGUUUAUGAAGGUUUUUGGAAAGAAGAUUUACCUGAAUAGAACGGGAAAAUAGAAUAUAAUAAUGGUGAUAAAUAUAUAGGAGAUUUGGCUUUAGGAAAAAGAGAUGGAAAAGGAAUAUAUUCAUAUAAAAAUGGCGAUUAAUAUAAAGGAAUUUAUCAUGAAAAUAAAAAAAGUAAAAAUGGAACUUAUGAAGGAUAAAAAUUUAAUUAUACAGGAAAUUUCUAUGAUGGAUUGAGAUCUGGUAAAGGAAAAUAUUAAAGUAAAUAAGGAGAUGAAUAUUUUGGCGGUUUUCUAAAUGAUUAAUUUAAUGGAAAUGGAGUACUUAAUUUGAAAAAUGGAGAAAAAUAUGAAGGAUAGUUUAAAGAUGGAUAAAAAUAUGGAAGUGGAAAAUAUUAUUUCUAAAAUAAAGAUAAUUAUGAAGGAUUCUGGGUUGAAGGAAAAAGAUCAGGAAAUGGAGUUUAUUAAUGGAAUAAUGGAGAAAAAUAUAAUGGAUAAUGGUAAAAUGAUAAAAUGAAUGGAUUUGGAGUAUUAUUUCUUAUAUUUUAUCGUUUGUUUUAUAUUAUUUUAUUUAGGAAUUUUAUAAAAAUAAUGAGUCUUUGUAUAGAGGAGAAAUGGAAAAUGAUAAAGCUUUAUGAUUUUUUAUGUAUAUUAAUUAUGUUUAUUUUAUUUUUUGUACUUUUUGUUUUUUUUUGUUUUUUUGUUUUUAAGUUUUGUUAUAUUAUUUAUUUAAUUUUAUAUCAUAGAAAUAUUAAAUGUAGUUUGUUUGAAUUUAUUUAUCAUUUAAAUUAAAUAAUAGUUGU